GAUCAGACGAUUCUUCAUGGAACCAAGGUUGACCAGGUCAACGAUCUUUCGACGGGGGCAGCCUGCCAAAAGGUCUGCACCGAACACACGGACUGCGAUGCCUUCGUCUGGAGUGCUGAGAGCAGCACGUGCCUCAUGGUGGCUCUGCCAGACGGCGAGGCAAAUGCUGCAGCGACGCCCAAGGAGGGCCUGAUGACUGGACUGCCGUGCUGCCGGCCGAGCCAGUCUGCGGACAACGAGGUUCCCAAGGAUUGUCCCGAGCAUCUUGCAGACACCAGCUUGCAGACAUCCGAAGUUCUGCAACAACUGCCGGACCUCGCGACUGCGUAUGACUGCCAGAAGGCGUGCACGAAGCGGUCGGAUUGCGGAGCCUUCACUUUCGGAUUGCCACCUGGCUCCACGAGCGGCGAAGUGUGCUUCCUUCGGAGGCUGGCACCUGAUGAAACCCCGAGGAUCCAGCCCCAGGAUGGAAUGACUUCUGGCUUGCCGUGCGGCUGUCGAGCCACCCCGGAAAAUGCUAUCUGGCCGGAGAGCGACAUUGACAAGUUCACCAUGCCUUUGCCGCGGGGGUCGGAGCCUUCCAAAGCCAAGAGCAUCCUUUGCCUGGCCUUGGUGGUGCCUUAUUCCUACGAAGUAGGAUUGAUUCAAAUGCAGUAUGCGCAGCACGCCGGCAUCUUUGAAUGCGACGAGUACCAGGUGUACAGCAACCAGGCGAUGGUCAUUGCACCAGGCUUGGAGACACGCAAGGUGAUGACGAGCCAAGAGUGUGAGGUCGGUGGUGAGUUCAAGAGCGCAUUGAAUCUGCGGAUCUUCGCUGCCUUCUGGAGGCAGGUGAUUUCCGAUGGCCACUACCUCUUGUACAACUGGAUCGUGAAGGCAGACCCGGACACGGUGUUCUUCGUGGAUCGUCUUCGUAAUGUGCUCGAACUACACGAAGAAGGCUCCCAGGAUUUGGCCAGCACAGAUUCUCUACUUAGCUGCUCCAGCUACAUGCCAGCUUCUGGAAUCAUGGCAGAGACGGCAGAGAAUAUGGCUUCUCUUUGUGGUGUUUUGGCUGCAUGCUUCGGCAAGGACGGCAACUUCACGGUAGUCGUAGAAGAACGCUCGUCGGACAUGCUCGAGAGCUCAAAGGAGUCUGAGGCGAGUGUGAAGCGCACGGAGUUCAAGGUGUGGUCUCUUCUGCUUGCCCAAUGGUCUCCCGUCUUUGAGAAGAUGGUAGGAUCGGACAACUAUGCCGAGUCGCAGCAGUCGCAGGUUGUCAUCCAAGACUUCUCAGCUGUUGCUGUCGAGAUCUUCCUGCGCUUCUUGUACUCUGGGAGCGUCGGGGGCUCCAUCACUGCUCUGGUGGAGGUGGCCGCCAUAGCCGACAAGUACCAGGUUGAGGCAUUGUAUCCUUUGUGCUUGUAUCUUGUGCGGACUGCGCUCAAACCUGAGCUAGCCUGCGAGGUCUUAGCUGUCGCAGACGGUUUUCAUAUGGCUGAGAUGCGAGCAGAGGCGCUCGAUGUCAUCUUCACCAACCCUAAAGAAGCGCUGGGAGAGCGUCCUGAAAUCCGACCGGAGCUUUUGGAGGAGAUCCUGGGCUCAAGCCUGCUGUGCAUAGCAGAGGAUGAUCUGAAGGAGAUUCUCCAGAGCUGGCGAACGAAAGAAGAAAACUCCCUGGAAUCGAUCAUCAGCAUCAACGUCCGAACACACAGCGAGCACACGGACAACGUGCUGUACACAUUCUGGGAGCGCUACAGAAAGGCCGGGAAGAAGGGCACUUUCGUGGGCGGCUGGGUGGUGGUGAUCCUGGGCCUUGAGCAGAGGGAGGCCUACACCAUGGACCAGCUCCAAGACAUAGCAUCAUCUACCAAGCGGUUCACCCUCGGAAAAGGGUGGGUGCAGUGGCAGCUUCUCCAUGCUGCGGUUCAUCUUCGGGGCUUCUCUUUCGGCGAUGAUGGGGAUGCCUCGUUCUCGGCAUCUUUUCGGAUCUGGUCCUCCGAAGACGGCGCCACCUGGCACCUCGCCUACGAGUCGCUCGGGGAGGAGAUCUUAGGUGACGAUUUCUUGGCUUGCAAAAGACCUCCGAGUCUGGUGAACUACUUCAAAGUCGAAGUCCUGGAGGGUGAGCUCUCGGGCAUUUACUUCAGCAUUCACGGGAUUUUGCAGACGCCCAUCUGA